UAUCUCAGACAUUACACAAGUAUUCCGGUACCUACUGUGUACUCAUCAUCGUUCUCUGAAGAAAAUGGGCAGAUUAACGGGUGUAUUCGCAUGAGCUAUAUAAACGGCGAACCCUUGGACAGGAUCUGGGACGACUGCGAGGAUGUACACAAAGAAAUCAUCUGUCAUCAGAUCUGGGACUUUAUAUACCAGCUCAGAACGAUUCCCAAACCCGCCGAAUACGCCAACUACUUUCAAUGCGGCGCUGAUGGUAGUGCAUCAAAUGAUGUCCUUCUUAGGCCUUUGCCAGAGGAUAGUGGAGCUCCUUUUACCAGCGAUAAUGAUCUACGCCAACGCAUCUAUGAUCGCUACUACUACUAUAACGGCCGCCGUUACGAGCAUGAACUCCCACAGAUGCUUAUAAGGUCUGAAAACACUGUUUUCACACAUGCAGACAUAGCGCCGCGUAAUAUUCUGCUUGGAGAUGGAGAUCAUUGUCCUUUGAUAGGCAUCGUGGACUGGGAACUUGCAGGGUGGUAUCCUAAAUAUUGGGAAUACGCGAACAUCAUGAAACCAUCGGAAGACAUAGAUUGGCAGAGGUGGAUGGAGCGAACGGCACCUAAACCAUGUGACAUCUGGGACAUCUCAGGAAUUAAGGCAGCGAGACGGGUUGUAUUUUGA